CAUACUCAUGACUCAUGGCCUUGAAAAGCUCUUCCCCUCCUCUAACCUCCGCCGUUGCUGCCACCACCGCUCAUGGAGAAGCUCUCGUACCAGCUCCGCUUUCUCCGUCAGCCAGGCUGCCGCCUCCACUUCUGCCACCCACUUCUCCUUCAGCCUCGUCAACAUCUCAGCCGGCUGCCACCAUAACUUCUGACGACGUGAAAGCCCAAGUGAAGGCAAUGAAAAAGAAGGUGGACAAACUGCUAAGCAGGAUCACCACUCGACUCAACGUCAUGCUGGUUCGUGUAGAAGCCAUGAUUGAGGCCCUUGAGGGUGAUGGCGGCAUCAUGAGAUCCAAACUUGAAGAACUGGACGCCAUUAUCACCGAGAUGUCCCUCCUCAAACUGGAUUUGCAUUCUAUCAUCAAUGAACUUGAGUUCAUCGACAAUGAACUCAACCACUGUCUCUUCCUCUGUGAUUUUCUUGGUUGAAUAAAAAUACCCAUCAAUGAACUUCAGGUUUA